CACCCGAAAUCACGCCAUUACGUGACAAGGAUGUCCGCAGCAGGCAUGCAGAAUCAGCAACAGCAGCAGCUGCAAAAGGACGAGCUGCUAAAGCUGCUCGGUUGUCACCAGCAUGUGUCCGACAAACAGCCAUAUGCAAGUAACGGUGACAAUGCAGUGCUACAACAGCGUCGUUGGAGGAAGGACACAAUGAAUGCAAAGUCAGCACACGUAGUACUUCUGACUGGAAUCUUUCUACUAAUGUUAAUGGACAUGGCUAGUGCUGUGAAGUGCUACAUUUGCAGCUGGAAUCCAAGAGAUUAUGACAAUGAUACAUGUACAACAGACAAUUUCAAUCCACAGCGUACAAGAACAGAUGAAUGUGAUGCAGGAUGUGAGACUGUUAUCAUGAGAGACAGCAAUGGUGAUCUGGAAAUGUUCUACAGAAAUUGUUACACGAAUGGAAAUUAUAUUUACAGCAAAGAGAUGAAAAGAGUAAAUAAUGAAGAAAAAUACAAAUGCAGUUCGAGAUUAUGUAACACUGGAACAAGAAUACAACUGGCUUUCUUACCUGUUCUUUUCUGUGGCUCUGUGAUAAUCACCCUAUGCUUAACUGUGCUCAUGUGAAGUGUUUUAUAGUUAUCAUGACUGACAAAACCUCAGGGAGUCAUUCAUUUAAAAAAAUUCCAGCAGCAGCAGUAUUAAUAACUGAUUAGUCACAGUAAUUUUGCCAUUAAUUUUCAUGUUAUUUAUCUAUGAAUGUGCAUUUGAAUACUUUGUUAUUUAUAUUCAUACAACUGAUUAUGGAGAGUUAGCGAUCUUAAAAUGUAUAUCAUACCAUAAUUGAAUAAACAUGUAUUUACAAGGUCA